AUGACAGACACCAUUCGAUUUCCAUCGGUUCUCCUGAAGGCAGCAGAUGUCAAUCCUUUUACGCUCGAACAUUUCUGCGAUUUCCAUGCUGCGGCCAUUAUAAGCGGUGGGCCUAGCCUUUUCCUCAAAAGCACGCAAAGCAGCGUGGAUGCAGUUUUAUGUUAUGCCCAGGACAUCGGAUGCGGCGGUUGCGGUUUGGAAAAAUCUUCUCUGGCUUUCGGGCACUACCAGCAACAACUAUACAAGAGCCUGAAAUCAUCCUACCGGCUUACCCAUCUACGGCGGAUUUCGACUGUGACACAGAUGAGCUAUUUGUCUGGUCAUUUUACACAUAGUAAAAAGCAAUUGCUUCAAGCGCAAACAAAAUCAAGAUGUCUACCUAUGGCUAAAAGAGCCGAAACAACUGAAAUGCGGUAUGUCCUGAAAAGAAAUAACGCAGAAAUCAUGAGCAAAGACCUGGUCUGGUGGUACAUCUACGGCGCAGAAAAAGGCAAUGCCCGGCAAAACUCCCAAGGAAUUAGAAAAAUCUGUUGA